UGCAUAUUGUCGUGUGGCAUCUUGGGUAACGUAGUUCUUAGAUGCCUGAGGCGUUUCAGAACGAGUGUGUAGUAUGAUUACGAUAGCCACAAGUCGGAUUCAGCUGAGGGAAGGUUCCGUGAAGAAGGGAAGAGUGAGGGAGAGGGGGGAAGGAGUAGUUUCCCUUCAUCUUUGCUGUUGUGGGGGAAAUGGCGGCCGAGGAAGCGGUGCUGCUGCCGUCGUCGUUCCCCAAAGAGGGGGGACGCACGGAAGACGGAGAGCGUGAGGAGGAAUCUGAGGCCCUCAAUGGCAUGGAUAUCUCCAGAAAAAUGGAAGGUCCAAAGCCAGAUGUUGCAAUUAGUAGAGAAGAAGUAAAAGGCAAAAAGGAAGAAAUAGAUCCAGAGUCUGUACAAGAGACUAACAGCAGUAACCUACUGGAUGCAUCAUCUGACUCUCCAAGAGACAAGCAUAUUUCAAUUCAAAGGACACUUGCUGAUUUAGAAAAAUUGGCAGGCCUGAAGGAAAGUUGCCUAAUCUCAACUAUUUCCCAGAAUGCAGACCAUCAUGUGGCAGCACCUGGCAAGAAGUCUUGUCUGUUGUGCCCUGAAGAGAAGUUCAAAGCUUGUUAUGGUCACAAGCUCCAUCGCCACCUACAGAAUCUCCACUGGAAAGUGUCUGUUGAAUUUGAAGGCUACAGAAUGUGCAUCUGUCACUUACCUUGUCGCCCUGUGAAACCAAAUGUUGCUGGAGACCAGAUAUCCAUAAAGAUGGGAGCCCAUUAUCACUGCAUUAUCUGUUCAGCAACCAUUACUCGAAGGACUGAUAUGAUAGGGCAUAUUAAACGUCAUGUGAACAAAGGAGAAACUGAAUCAAGGUUUACACCAGCACCUGCUCCCAAAUCUACAUAUGAAGUACUGAAAGAAGCAGAUACAGAUGUGCAAGUCCUUCCUAAUUAUUCUACGCCACAGAAAACUGAUUCUUAUUUUAAUCCUAAAAUGAAACUUAACAGGCAACUUGUAGUCUGUGCUUUAGCUGUCCUUGCUGAAGAAAGGAAACCUUUGGAAUGUCUGGAUGCAUUUGGAGCUACUGGUAUAAUGGGUUUACAGUGGGCGAAGCAUCUUGGAAAUUCUGUGAAGGUCACAAUUAAUGACUACAAUGAAAAUUCUGUGACAAUGAUACAGGAAAAUUGUCAUUUAAAUAAGAUGAAAGUGAUUAUGAACAUCAAAGAGGAUGAAGACUGUGAUGACACAACGGAAGAAGGGGAAGAAAACUUGCCUACAAUUGAAGUGACAAAAAUGGAUGCCAAUGUCAUCAUGCACUUGAGAGCAUUUGAUUUUAUACAUCUGGACCCAUUUGGGUCAUCGGUGAACUAUCUAGAUGCAGCUUUCAGAAAUGUAAGAAACCUUGGAAUUGUGUCGGUGACAUCAACAGAUACCAGUUCUCUCUAUUCAAAAGCUCAGCAUGUCGCCCAGCGUCACUAUGGCUGCAACAUUGUCAGGACAGAGUACUACAAGGAACUGGCUGCUAGGAUGGUAGUUGCUGCUGUGGCAAGAGCUGCUGCUCGAUGCAACAAAGGCAUUGAGGUUUUGCUUGCAGUGGCUCUUGAACAUUUUGUAUUAGUGGAGGUGAGAGUACUGAGGGGGCCGUCUCCUGCAGAUGAUACUGUCAAGAAAAUCCGGUACCUAAUCCACUGCCAGUGGUGCGAAGAGAGGAUAUUCAAGAAAGAGGGCAACAUGAUAGAAGAGAACCCUUAUCGCCAGCUCCUGUGCGACUGCCACAGCCAUAUGACAGGCAAGACAGCAGUGGAACUUGGUCCUCUGUGGUCAGGACCCCUUUUCAACACUGGAUUUCUCAGAAGAAUGUUGUUUGAAGCAGUCCAGUAUGGUUUAGAAGACAUCCAGACACUUCUAAAAACACUAAUAUGUGAAGCAGAGUGCACAACUCUCAAGCAGUUUUCAAUCCAUGGGCCUACCAGCCAGAACAAACAAGAAGAAUGUGGUGUGUUUAUUAAGACACCAGAUACUGCAACUGAUUACUACGUUGUACAUGGAAAAAGAAAAAAUGAAAUCGGCCAAAAUGGAACAAAGCGCCAGAAGUUAGAGAGUAAUGCUGAACAUCCUGUCUUUUAUUACAAUAUUCACAGACACAGCAUUAAAGGAAUGAACAUGCCAAAGUUAAAUAAGUUUUUGCAUUAUCUCUCUCAAGCUGGCUAUCGAGUAAGUCGAACUCAUUUUGAUCCCAUGGGUGUUCGCACCAACGCCCCCCUGGUGCAGUUUAAAUCUAUCCUUGUGAAGUACAGUACUCCUACAUAUACAGGAGGGCAAUCUGAAGGCUCUCUGCAGGCUUCUGAGGAUUCUCAGGUAGGAGUUGAAGGCGACUUUGCAGAAGAAAGCAUAUAAAAUAACGCCUCUGGCCAAAAUUGUCCUUUUUAUUGAAGAUUGUGUUGUAACUGAACCAACAGUCUCUCAAGAUACAGAAUUUUAUGUGUGACUGCUCAGGUAACUGUUAUCAGGACACUUUCAGAAAACCAUUGAAGAACAGUCACCUAUGCUCCAAGUAACAUCACAGUUCAGCUACAAGCUGUUAUUUACAUUUUACUGCUUGCUUUAAUGGAUUUACAACUACCAUGAGCUUCCUUACCCUUUUAAUUCCUUGUUCAGAUGUAUGAUAUUUCCUAAGAGAAGAACAUAAGCAAGGAGUUGAGGAGCACCAACUGUGUGUAGGUAUGUGCAUGUAUUACUAGCACCUACUAAUAAAGUAUUCUAUCUUU